AUGGCGAACUUCACGGUAGAGUGGCUUUCCAAAAGUUACUAUGAGGAGACGGCUCGGCAGGCUAAGGACGCUGCGCUCCAUUCAAAGGUCCAUAGUGAAAUGGAGGAAUUGAUGAGGGAGCCAAGAAGCCAGUUCUCCCCGACCUCGCCAAACAACAGCUGCGGCUACACUUCGGGCUCCGAGAGCGACGCGGGCGAGGAGGGCGAGGAGGAGGCCAGCCAGCGGAGGAGGAUGAGGACCAAGUUCACCUCCGAGCAAAUCAGCAAACUGGAGACUACCUUCAGCAAGCACAAAUACCUGGGGGCUACACAGAGGAGGAAGUUUGCGGAGAGGCUGAACCUCUCGGAAACGCAGGUGAAAACCUGGUUCCAGAACAGGAGAAUGAAGUUGAAACGGGAGGUCCAGGAUCUGCGCCCCGACUUCCUGUCGGUCCCGGCGGCUCUGCUGCCGCCUCUGCUGUUUCAGCACCCCGCCCUGGGCGGACAGCUCCGCGCCGGCGGCGGCUUCUACCCGCGGCUGCAGCGGCUCCCCGGGGCGGCGCUCCCCGCUCCUCUGCGCCCCGUCCUGCUGCCUCCACACUUCUACUGA